AUGGCGAACCAGGUAGCUUCUGAGGUUAUUGAGAUCAUUGAAGAUGACAAUUCUGUAGGUGAAGAAUGUUGGGAUUUGCUUGAGGUUAUUUGUUCUUUUGCUUUUCAGGAUUUAAAUCCAGCCUCCACUUCCUCAGCACAUUUUCAGGCCAGUUCUGAGUUUAAUGUAGAAGAUUAUGUCAAUGAAGGUGGAGAUGGAAUUCUAGCAGCACCUUCCUUUUUUGCUAAUGGAGAUGGAAUUUUAGCAGCACCAAAUCAUACUAUCAUCAAUAGUAAUGAAAAACCUCAAGACCCGGGUCAGAGUUGCAGCCUGCUGCCCAGUUCCCCAACUGAGGAUUCUCCUCUUUAUAUGCUUGCUACUUCAGAUGGGGCUCUAAGUAAUAAAUAUGUUAUGGAUGACUUGACAACCAUGAGUGGCAGUCAUGUAGUACUCCCUUCCAUUCAGGAAAAUGUAGGGGCCAGCAGUAUUGCCUUUGCUGGUACAACUGCAGACAUGUGCUUUGUUAAGAACCCGCAGUCUCAAUUCCUUGGUCAGCCUUCAACUUGCUCUUCACCGGAAAUAAUUGAUCUUACUCAGAUUGAUGACAUGGAUGAAACUGAUGAUGUACCAAUGGAAUUAGCACCUAUACCUGAAUUAGAUGCUCUUACAGACAUGGAUCAGAUUGAUGACGUACCAAUGUUACUACCUAGGAAGAAUGUCACUCUUGCACUAGAUCUUGAUGGCACCCUUAUCCACUCAGCAAGGUACGACCAUGGCGCGGACUUCUCAUUUCCUAUGCGCCGUGGAGAAGAAGAGUACACUGUCUACGUGAAGAAGAGACCGCAUGUAGAUGCCUUCCUUGAAGAGGCGGCUCAUAUGUUUGAGCUUGUUGUAUUUACGGCUAGCACAAGCUCUUAUGCAAACCAAGUGAUUAAUGCAUUGGAUCCUGAGAACAGACUGAUAUCACGGCGUUUUUUCCGGGAGUCAUGUGUCUCGGUAGAUGGAAACUACCAGAAGGAUCUGACCAUUAUUGAAGCUGAUCUUGCAAAGGUUGCAAUUGUUGACAAUACCCCUGAGGUUUUCCAGCAACAGGUGAAUAAUGGGAUACCCAUAAAGAGCUGGUCAAGUGGCCGGUAUGACAUUUCGCUGCUUGAGCUAAUCCCCUUCUUGGAAACAAUUGCUGACGCGGAUGAUGUCCGGCCGAUCAUUGCAGACAAAUUUGCCAAUUAA